UCUGAGCCGUUGUUCGCGCUGUUGGCCGCUGGGUGGCAGCAGCAGACCAUGUUCGCCUAAACGCAUCAGAAGAAGAAGAAGACGGUGUUUGCGUCUUUUUUCUGGAUCCACUGGUUUCGGAGUCUUGUGGCCAUGAGAUCUCUUCUUUAACAGAGAUUGCGUUAAAGAUGAACAACCCAGUCUACUUUACCAGAGCCAAAGAAGAGGAGAAGCGCUGGAUAGAGAGAACGAGAGAAGACAGACGGACGAUUAAUGGAGAGGAGGCCAGAGACUUUUACCAAAGCCUGCUGCAAGAGACCGAUGGAGAAAAGCCAAAAGAAGGAGAAGCAGCCGCGAGAAGAGCGAGACGAGGAGCAGGACCCAAACGAAGAAGAAGAGAAGCUGCUCGUGGCGAAGCGGUCAGCAGCUCCGAGCGAGACGGACACAGACUCCUCCGAUGCGCUCAGGAGGGAGACAUUCAGGCCCUGAAGGAGCUCCUGCGGCGAGGCUGUGACGUCAACUUUCGCGAUGAUUUCUACUGGACGGGUGUGAUGUGUGCGAGUAAAGCAGGACAGACGGAGGCUGUUCGGUUGCUCCUGCGUCACGGAGCUGCUUGGGUGGGAGUGGUGGACAAACAGGUGCAUCUGAGAAUGAUGAUGUGUGUCUGCGUGUGUUUCCACAGUGCUGGUUCUCAGUGGUGUGAUGUGUGUGCCGUGCAUUACACAGACAGCACUGAAACACACUCCAGAUCCACGCUGCAUCAGUUCAGUAAGCUCCGCCCCCCGGCCACGCCUCAAUACUGCCUGCCCUCCUCCAGCACCAGCUAUAAAAUGAUGCUCCGCUUGGGCUGGAACCCCUCCUCUGGUCUGGGCCCCGCCCACUCGGGCCGCAAAAACCCAGUCAGCACGAUACUAAAGAGAGAUCAGGCGGGCCUGGGAUACGGAGAGCCCCCGCAGCCCAAAGUCACACACUUCCAGGCCAGAGAUCCUCAGGCAGUGCAACACAUGCAUAAAGAGAAAAGACUGAGACAGGAGAAAGGAACGACGCUCAGCGCUAAAGAACUUAAGAGGAAAGAAGAGCGAGACCAGAAAUGGGAAAGAGACUACCGUGCUUCAUUUAACUUUGACUUCUGAUCUGAUGUGCUUUUGUGCAGAGACUUUUCAUUUUUCAGUACAAUUCAUUUGAAAUGCGUUGCUUUGACAGUAACACAUUUUAUCAUCAAGUCAUUAAAGACUGCUGGAACAGUAUGAAAGUAGACAUUUUAUAUAGAAGGCAAAACAAAUGUAAACAGGAACUGGAUGAAACAUUAUUUAAAAAAAAAAAAAGCUGUCAGUGGGUUGUGAUUAUAUAAUUAGAUUAGAAAACAUGAUUACAUUUUUUUUUUUUUUUUGUGUCAUUUAAUGUCAUCAGUCUCAAUUUGUCAU